GCCAUCACUUCCUGGUCUGUAUCGGAGAGCGCACAUCAGAUACACGCACGCGCUGGAUUGGACAAUGUCCCCCGCGGCCACCUUCCACGCGCAGCUCGCCUCCAUCAUGGAGGUGCUGGCCAAUACGGCCGUGGCGGAGAUCUGCGAGCUCGUGGACAGCGGCUACUCGGUGUUGCAGCUGGAGAUCUCGCGGAGUCGCAAAGAAAAUGAGGUGCUGCGGAGGAAACUGCGCCUCAUGGAGCUGCGGGCCGCCCGAGCGACCGCACUGCGAGCCGCGGUUACCGCCAGCGGCAGCGCGGUGCUCCACGCGAGCGGCCGCGCACGAGCCGAACUGAAGAGGAACGCAACCGCGACAGGUGAGGUAGUCUUGUCCAGAGUGUCCAAUCAGGCGAUGCCUCAGUGCAGAGACCACAACUCACCUGCAGAGCCGAGACAGGAAACCACACAGAGUACGCAGCCUGCAGAUGCUACCACAGCUGCUGUGAUCAAAGUGGAGGACGAUGACUGCGUAUCCUGGUCCCAGUCUGAGCCGGACAAAGGCUUCUGUCAUAAUGAAGAGGGACAGGUGGAGGCAGAAGCUGCAAUCAAACAGGAAGCAGCAAACGAUGGUGGCAUCUCGUGGACGAGCGGGGAAGUCAGCUCUACCUCCACCUCUGUCCAGAACACCCAGAGGUCAGAAACCAGCAGUUACGACUGUUUGAUAUUUGAGCCACAGCUUCAGCAUGGCUCCCACACCACCCAAAAUCCUCUGGGAGCGGAGGCCGGCUGCUCAUCGGCGUCCAAUUCAGGUGGCAGCUUCACAUUCCCGCACAGCAAGGUGAGUCUGUCUGCAGCAGAGCGACCUGCAGGUUUCCAGAGCAGCCAGCAGAGGGCGGUGCCUGCAGACGAGCUUCCUGUUAGGAAGGAGACGCCAGGAGAACAUCGCUCCUUCAUCCGGAGGGGCGGGUGGAGACAGGAUGCCAUCAGCAGAGCGGCAAGCCACAGAGGCGAGGAUGGCGGGGGAAAGUCGUUCGUCUGUAACUGCUGCGGGAAAAAGCUCGCCUGCCUCAAGAACCUCAAAACCCACAUGAGGGUCCACACCGGCGAGAAACCGUUCGUCUGUGCGCUCUGCGGUAAACGCUUCUCAGACUCCAGCAACCUCAAACGCCACCAGAGCGUCCACACGGGCGAGAAACGCUACGGCUGCGUCCACUGCGGCAAACGUUUUGCCCAGUCGGGAUCGCUGAAGGUCCACAUGACCGUCCACACAGACUGCAAACAGUUCAGGUGUUCGUACUGCAACAAGACAUUCAUAUCAGGCAGCCACCUGCGGCGCCACAUCACUCUCCAUGCAGGAGAGAAACGGUUUGGCGCCGUGCAGUGACCACUGGGAGAAGCGGCAUUGCAGAUAUCUGCAGUGAGGUAGUCUCACAAACACGUGACCUACUGUAAAAAUGUGUAUCGUGUAUGUUUGAACACAAAACAGAUGUUCUUGGAUCACCUGCAAACGUUUUCACGUGUUUCAUUGGAACAUAUGGCAGCAGACAGUGUGGCCGCCGGGGAUCGGCUCGAUUUCAAGCCACUGCUUCCAGUUUUAAUCAGACUUCGGAGUCGCUCUUAGUCUGGUCUUCUUCCCAGGUGAGGAGACACCUGGACAGAUUAGGUCUUAAUAUUAAUAAUAACUUUAUAUAGCACUCUUCACCAGGUAAGAACUAUGUACAUAAAACAACACAAUCGAUCAUACAGCACAAAUCUAGUUAAAAGCCAGUCUAAAUAAAUGAGUCUUUAGCUGCUGUUUAAAAGAAUAAAUACAAUCAAGGCAACGUAAAGAUGGAGGCAAAGCGCUCCACAUCCUGGGGGCCACCGCUCUGAGAUCUGACUCCCGUGGUCUUUAAAUGUGUUGGUGGGACUACCAACAUCCUUUGAUUAGAUGAUCUCAGGCUGCGAGAGGGAGCGUGGUGUUCUAAAAGACCGGAGAUGUCGGCAGCAGCGUCACGACGUUAGAAGUCAGCACUACGAGUUUGAACUGGAAGCCAGUAUACUGAGAAUUAAACUGGUGUAAUGUGCUGUCUUUUUGUUAAGAGCCUUGCAGCAGCAGGUUGGCUGGGGACAUCCUCAGUGUCCCCCCAGAAGAGCUGGAGGCAUCUGGUUCUCUGUCUAAACUUUGACCUUUGACCCAGGUAACAGAAGGAAGGCAAGAAAGGGCUUUGUGUCCAUCAGGUAUUUGUCUUGGGCGUCAAGGUUGUCAUGUUCAAUUAAAACUCAGCUUCAGUUAACUGUGUCCAUGCUUACUAACCUAAAACCAAAAUGUAAUCGUACUUUCAGUAGUUUCAGUCUUUGUAAAGUUGCUGAACCCAAAUAAAGCCCGAGGAGCUGUUGCACUUUGCCAGUAAAAACAAAGCAAAUCCACAAAAUCCAAAGCUAACAGCUCUGUUUGGAUAAAGAGGAUGGAUACUGAAGUGUGGUCACAUCUGCAGAGAAAGAACUGCUCAAAAGAUCCUGAACUGAACUCUAUGGAAAAAGGUAACGGCCAAUGAAACUUCCAUGAGGGGAAAAAGACUUGAAGUGUAGGGGAAACGUUUUUAGUGGAUGGUGGUGUUUGAUUUAAACUCAAAACUGUUUUAACAAGUGAAUCCAAAGUGGGCGCCACAGCCUCCUGUCUGGGCUGGGAACUCGUUUAAACUAAAUCUUAAAAUUUCCAUUAAACAUUUACACUGAAGAAAACAUCCAUCCCACUGUCUCAUUUGAAGUUGAAGUGGUAGCAAGCUCAGGAGGGCACCUGAGACUUUUCUAGACUUCUGUUUCUCCAGCAAUGGUUUCCAGCUCUUCCUGAGACGCUCCCAGGAUAAAUAUCAAGUGAAUUUCUGAUUUCCUCUGGAUCUAUCGUCACCAAUAUGGGAUUGGAAAUCCUCCAAGGGGAGGUGCCGAGGAGGCAUGCCGAUUGUGUCCUGAACCUCCUCAGAUGUAGGAACAGUAGAUCUAGGUGGGGCUCCUCACCUCCAUCUCUAAACUGCCGCCCAUGUGGGCCGAUGUGACGACCAGAGGUCGCCGACUGUUGAGUGAAGUUUAGAUACAACAGGCCAAGUAGACAAUAGUCUUUCCCUGAACUUGUAUGUGAGCGAUUAAAGAGACUACAGAUCCUGAGAUCAGCUCCAACACCUGAGCUUUCUGUGUGGCUUCCCCCAACAAUCCAAAGACGUUCAGUUAUUGGGGGAAUCUAAAGAGCCCAUAGCUGUGAAUGUCAAUGGUUCUCUGUGUCAGCUACGUGUCAGGUUGGUGAGCUUUCUGUGGCAGCUGGGAUAGGCUCCACCCUCUGAUAAGAAUAAGUGGAAGAGAACCUCUACUUCCUGUUUCAAAUUUCACUGGUCAUGGUGUCACCGGGCAGGGACCGAAAAUAAUCCUUCACAAGUCUUGUGGUUUUUCAGUAGCAGGUGUUUUAUACAACGUUCAUGUGUGAAACUAGCCUGUGGUUGUGUGAAGGUAACAAAUGUUUAUGACUGUACAUCGAGUUUCAUUGUGACUGACGUGUAACUGAAGAAACGUGAACGAACUUCCUUUUUCUUUUUUAUCAUUUUUAAUAAAAGCAGCUGCUAAAA